AUGGCGAUGAAUAAUCCUGGUAUUAUGGGACAACAAGGUCCACCUCCUCAUCCUAAUCAAAUUCAACCUCCACCUCAAGCUCAACAACAAGCAACAACAUCACAAAUGAUGCCUGGUACUGGUAAUCCAGCUAUGAAUAUGCAAGCACGUCAAAAUCAAAAUGAUGAAAUAUUAACACGUUGUCUUAAUAUAACACAACGUCUUCGUGAAAAUCUUCAAGUAUUAUUGAAUACAACAAAACAAGCAGCAAAUAUUGAAACUGAUGAACAAUCAUUAUCAUCAUCAACAACAAAUCUUUCAUCAAAUUCAGUUAAUUCAUCUAUACGAAAUAAUAUCGAUCGUAAAUUAUAUGAUAUGGGUACAUCACUUGAUCAACUUGUUGCACAUAUUGAACAAUAUGAUUUUAAAUUAUUACAAAAUCAACAAGUAUUAAUUAGUCAUUAUAAUGAAUUAUCAUAUGAAAAACAAGGUAUUUUAAUGGAUGAAUGGUCAACAAAUGCUAAAUGGGCUGAUAAAUUAAUUGAUAUAUUUCCAUUAUUACAUCCAAGUAAUCAACUUUAUCGUCGAAGUAAUCAACGUAAUACAAAUUCAAAUAUUCGUUUACGUAUUGAUGGACCAUCAUCACCAUUUAUUGAUCGUAUUGUUGCUCAAUUUGAUACAUCACAACAACAACAGCAACAACAAUCAGCAACAAAAGAUUAUUCUAUUAGUGUACAACGUUUAUCGGAUCAUUUAAAUAUUAUUGAAUUUAGUUUAUUUCGAUCAGGUUUAGAUAUAUAUUUAUAUAUCCGACAUUGUACAGUUGAACAUGUUAUUGUUAAACCAUUAAAUGAAAAGAAACAAUUUUCAAAUAAUUUUAAUAAUAAAUUAUUAACAAAUUAUCGUGCUCUAGAUAUUAUUGCUGGACAUAUACGUGCAGCUGCUGUUUAUUAUGCACCAUUUGGUGCACAAGCUGAUCAAGCAUUAGGAAAAUUAUUGAUUUAUAUAUCAAAAUUUCAAACAUUACAUGCACAAAAAUGUGUUAAUUGUCAAAAACAUUUACUUAAUGGUUUACAACCAACAUGGAGAGAUUUUAAAACAUAUGAAUGUUAUCAUGAAGAAUGUUUAAAUUAA